GAUGCAAAAGCGGAGGUACUGUUAGCGUCCCUGUGAGUGUGCAGGAAGUGGUCGUGUUGUGGUGUCUGAGCUGAGUCUCUGAGCUGUUGGAGUAACAAUGCCUUCAGUUCAGUAUCUGAGAGAGUUUAUCAACGAGCGGCUAACUGCUGCUGCUGAAGAAAUAUUCACAGAGUUUGAAAAAACCAUCGUCCAGUACGAGGAAGAGAUCGACCGUCAGCGCAGACUGCUGGAUAUCACCUGGAAACCCGAAAUAAAGCUGCACAGGACAGACCUGCCACAGCAUUAUGUCUGUCAGGAGGAGGUGGUCACUGAGCAGCAUCUUUGUAACCAGGAGAGGAGCUCCAGUCUGGACCAGGAGGAACCAGAACCUCCACACAUUAAAGAGGAAGAGGAGGAAUUCUGCAGCAGUCAGGAGGGAGAGCAGCUUGUACCGAAAGAGGAAACCAAUACAAUUAUGGUGACUGCUGCUUAUGAGGAAAGAGGCCACAGGGAACCAGAACCAAACAGGGAGCAGCUCCUCUCACAAAGCUCUGCUGCAGCUGAGAGCCAAGACCAGGAAGGAAGCAAAAAAGUAGAUUCUGGAUUAACUAGUAAUAGAAACAAAAAUCACAACAAUGCAGAAGAUCCCCUUACAUCAGAGAGUCAGUGUAAUUCUGACAAAAUUAAAAAGGCUUUAAAAUGUGAUGUUUGUGGAAAAGCUUUUAAGCAGAAUUAUGAAAUUAAACGACAUUAUAAAAUCCACACAGGUGAGAAACCAUAUUCUUGCAAAACAUGUGGGAAAAGUUUUACACAGAGCGGUAGUUUGACUGUCCACAUAAGGAAACACACAGGUGAGAAACCAUAUCCUUGUAAAACAUGUGGGAAAAUGUUUGCCUAUAGUAGUUAUUUAUUGAAGCACAUGAGAAUUCACACAGGUGAGAAGCCAUAUCCUUGUAACACCUGUGGGAAAAUGUUUGCAUGUAGCAGUUCGUUAUUGAAACACAUGAGAGUUCACACAGGUGAGAAACCAUAUUCUUGUAAAACAUGUGGGAAAAUGUUUUCAUGUAGUAGUCAUUUAUUGGUUCAUAUAAGAACACACACAGGUGAGAAGCCGUAUCAUUGUAAAACAUGUGGGAAAAUGUUCACAUCUGGUAGCCAGUUGUUAAAACACAUGAGAAUUCACACAGGUGAGAAGCCGUAUCCUUGUAAAACAUGUGGGAAAAUGUUCAGAUCUAGUAGUCAUUUAUUAGUGCAUGUAAGAACUCAUACAGGCGAGAAGCCAUAUCCAUGUAAAAUAUGUAAGAAAAUGUUCACAUCUAGUAGUCAUUUGUUGCGCCACAUGAAAACUCACACAGGUGUUAAGUCGUAGUCUUUCUAUAGAGAAAAUAAUAUAUGGGAAGCCCAGCUUGAAAAAACAUUUAAGAGUUUAUAAAGUUUCAGAGUAGAGCUUUUAGAAUUAAAACACAUUUAGCCUGUAUCUUGUUUACAUGUACAGAGAUUUCUCAGUUAUCGUGGGGGUUACAAUCCAGAUAACCUUUCCCACACUCUUUUAAACACUUCAUAGGCUCUUAACCCUAUAACACCGGGCGAUUGCCGCUGAAGCUCCCGUUACCUGCCCUUGGUAGCUGUGAACAGCUAGUUAACACUGAGCGUAUCACUGCUGAGGUGUCUGAUCAAAGGAACUUUGAAUUACCAUAAUUAUGCGACUGUUUGUCCUAUCGGAAAAAUUCAAAUGGUCACCCACCAUAGGGUUAUUGCGAUAAUUGUUGCCUGAAGUCCGCGAAUGGCAGAACUUUUGAAGUACACAUUCGGCGUUAUAUUAAACACUCUUAAACCUACUUAAUUUUAACAACAUAUACAGGUGCUGGUCAUAAA